AAAGGGUUUUAGAUAAACCCUACACACUCCCUCCGACUCCCGUCGUCUCUCUCUCUCCCUCUCUCUCUCUCUCAUUUCGUCAACCUUCGCAUCUCCAAUCGCUGAGAAGAUUCUCCAUUUUUCUCCUGAUCGGAAACAAUGAGCAAAGGACCCUCUCUCUUCUCCGAUUUCGGAAAGAAGGCGAAAGACUUGCUCACCAAGGACUACAGCUCCGAUCAGAAGUUUACUCUCGCCAGCGAUAGCGAGACUGGACUGGCCCUUAGCUCGACUGUGGGGAAGAAUGGAGCUCUGUCCUCUGGGAAUGUCACAGCACAAUACAAGCGGGAUAAUACCACCCUUGAUGUCAAAAUCGACACAGAAUCAAAUAUCUUAACCACCCUCACUGUCAUUGACAUCUUGCCAUCGACAAAAACUAUUGCUUCCUUAAAGCUGCCUGAUUAUGACUCUGGCAAGUUGGAGACACAAUAUUUUCAUGAACAUGCAACUUGCAGCUUGGCUGUCACAGCAUCUCAGUCCCCAGUUGUUGAUGUAUCUGCGACAAUUGGCACGCCAAGUAUUGCUUUUGGUGCAGAGACAAGUUACACAACUGAUUCUUGUAAAUUUAUGAAGUAUAAUGCUGGGGUCAGCAUGACAAAGCCUACUUCCAAUGCGGCUGUUAUCCUGGCUGAUAAAGGUGACUCUCUGAGGUUUUCUUAUAUGCACCACCUAGAUCAGCUGGACAGGGGAGCUGUUGUGGGUGAAAUCAGUAGGAAGUUCUCCACGAAUGAGAACACACUCACAGUUGGAUGUUCCUACGUGGUUGACCCCCACACAAUCGUGAAGGCGAAACUCAAUAAUCAUGGCAAUCUUGGGGCUCUUCUACAGCAUGAGCUCAAACCUAAGUCCUACUUAACUAUUUCUGGGGCUUUCGACACCAAGGCCCUGGAGAAAUAUCCCAAGUUUGGGUUGGCACUCUCUCUUAAGCCUUGAGAAGUCCUCCAUGAAUGAUGACGAUACUGAUGAUGCAGCAGAUAGAUGACAUAAAAAAUCUAUUGAUAUUUGUUGUUGGUGAUACCAGACCGUAAACUUUUGCAAUGGGUUCUUUCCCCUUUAUGUUGGCAGCUUAGGUCAAGUGGAUUUGAUUUUUGCCGGUGAUUUCUCCGGCCUUUGGUAAUGUAGCUCCAUUGACAUAUGAAACUCCUCUUCCCUGAAAGUAUGACAGGGUUCUGAUUGAAAGAGCCAGAAGUUCAGGUUUUUGUAUGGGAAAAACAUGCUCCGCUCUUCAUUGUUGAUUGCAUGCUCUUGAUACAUUAUAGUCAGAGAAAGGCACAGUUGUUCAAGGAUUACACGAUGUUAGAUAGCCUGAUUCAGUCGCAAGCCACUUUAUAUAAGACAAAAUAAGUACAAGUACAGUUCC